AUGCCAAAAGUAGGACGCAAAGGCAAGAAAGAAUGGCGUAAAAAUGUCAAUACAGAAGACUUAGAAGCUAAUUUAGAAAGUUUGCGUGAAGAGCAGAAAGUUUACGGUACAAAAUUAGACGACAAAGCUGAUAAAGAUUUAUUCCAAGUCGAUAUAAAAGGUGAUGAGGGCGUUAGAAAGCGUGUAAAGAAGGAGAAGAAGCCAUUGAAAUCACUCUCUAUUCUCAGUCAGCGUUCUGCCAUUCCUGCGCCAUCAACUAAGCAUACAAUCUCAUCAGAUGAUAAGCGUCGUUUGAGAGCUAUUUCCAAGCGUGAUAAAGGUCCUUUAGGCGCUUCAUUCAAACCUCAAGAAGGUGAAUCUAUCGCUGCACAAGGUCUCACAAAAGCUGCGAAAGAAGCUGGGAAAUACAAUUUAUGGAAUGAUGCACAAACUGAAGAACAGGAAGUUAAGGAUGAAAUUGAUAAUAGAGAAGGUUUUGAUGUAGUCAAUUUAAAAAGGAAGCCGACCGUUAAAGUUCCUAGUCAUCCUACUUUCAAAACUGGCCUUGAACCCGUCGAGAAACCUCACGCUGGUCAGUCAUAUAAUCCAUCAUCUAAAGAGCAUGAAGAACUUCUUAAAGCAGCAUAUGAUAAGGAAUUACAACGUAAACUUCGCGCUGAAGAAAACGCAAAUAUUCGUCGUCGUAUGCAAGCUGCCAGAAAAGCCGGUGGAAUGGAAUUAGAUAUCCCAGACAGUGAUGCUGAAGAUGUUGAAGAAGAUGACGAAGAGGAGCAAGAUGAUGCUGAAAAAGCAUCAGCAGAAGAAAACGUUGAAAACGAGGAUGAGGACUUCGAAACAAAGGAAAAGAAGAGAAUCGAAGAAUUUAGAUUAGCAAAGAAGAAGCGCAAAGCUGCUUUGCAACUCAAGAAAGAUAAGAUUGACAAAGAUAGAAGCGCCUUCCUCAAAGCACAGAAACAUGCCAUAACUCAAGCACCAGGAAUUAACAAAGCAUUAUUGAAGAAGCUCAGAAAGCAAGAAGAACGCGCUCAAGCUCGCAAAGAAGCAAACGCUUCCAAAGAACUUGGUGUUGGUGGAUUAGAAGGAAAGAAAGUCGGAAGUCAUGUCGUACCAACGGCUGAGGUGGAUGUUCAACUGGGAGAAGACUUAUCUGAGUCAUUGAGAGGUGUUAAGACUGAAGGUAAUCUAUUCAGAGACCGUUUCUUGUCCAUGCAAAAGCGUGCACUCAUUGAACCAAGACAACCAGUAGCUGCCAGACGUAAAUACAAGCGUAAGGAUUACGAAACACCAGCAUUUAGAUUUUGGGAGAAGAGGUAAAUCAUAUUUAUUUAUACAUAUACAUUGUAAUUUGGUUUGAUAUAUGAAAAAUGCAAGAGGGAUAAGGAAAGUGAGGUAUAUAUGCAUAAUGUUUUAGUCAAUCAUUUUGUCAUCCUCCAAGUCAAUAUCGAGUUGAUCAGAGUUACGUCUCUGCUUCUCUUUAUGUGGUGUAUGCGUUACUGGAAGCUGCUUUUGCUUGAUGAGGUUAUUAUCAAUGACUUUGAUUCGAUAAAGGAUGUGCCUGGUUGAUUUGUUAUUAUGUUUAGUAACGUUUAAAGCUUUGCUAAGGAGUGCUUGACGGGUAUCCUCCUCUGUUUUGUGGAAAAUGCCAGUUACUUUGUCAAACUUAACAUUUAAAGAUCCUGAUUUAAUGAGUUGGAUAGUCUGAUCGAGGAUAUCAUCUCUUCCGAACGUAUUUUGUAAAUUUUCCAGGCUAAGAUUCUUGAAGCUAUCAAAGUAUUGAAGUAUAGACCGAUUAUAAAUCAACUGGAAGAGGUCACUAACGUGAUUAUGCAGAUGUGGAUCUAAAAUAUAACGCCAUUUUUGUUCUUCUAACAACCCAAAGAGUUCUUUGUAAUUUGAAUUGCAGUAUAGCAACAAUAAUUGUUUAGUGUGUGGUUCAAAUUCAAAUUUCGACCUGAGAGCAUCAUUAUCGAGAAUCCUUUGACGUAUCUGACUCCUAGAUUGAGUUGCCAAUGCUGUGAGUGAAAGGUAAACGAGUGAGUCUGGUAAAGAGACAGAAGUGUCGUCAAUUGGUGCAUCCGAGAUAUUGCAAAUGUUUUCAACGACAUUUGAAAAGUUUGAUUGACCCAAGUCGGCAAUAGCAGCAGCUAAUAGCAAAUUGUUGGAUUUACUAUUGAGUGAAAUAGAGUUUAUUUUUAUGAUUGAAUUCUUUAUGAGAGAGUAAUUACGUAACUCAAUCGAUAGCGAGAUCAGAUUGAGGUUGUUCUCUAUCAACUGAUCGGUAGAGCUAAGGUAAUCCCUCGCUUUGAGAUAGCAAUUGAGGGAAUGCUCCAAGAAACCAGCUUGCUUGUAUAAGUCGGCAAGUGAGUAAUAGGACAUCUAAAGAGAACUUGUCAGAGUGAAUAGAAGGCUGUUAAACUACCCACCCGAAUAGACUCUUUGAGGUUGUUAUUCAGGUAACCCUUCAACUCGAACUCGAGUGAUUGCAGUUUAGAUUUAAAGCUAGACUCAGUGUUGGUGAUAUACUCGUCGUCUAUUGGGAUCUUCUCGGUGGAGAGAUUGUUGUAUAGAUUGAUAGCGUCAUUGUAGGCUGAAUAGUUAGCAGUGUUGUGUGUUCUAGUAAUUAAUAAAUUAAUAGCCUCUUGUCUAAAAGGGCUAUCUAUAGUUUUAAUAAAAUUUAAAUUCUUUAUUUUCUGAUUCUUUAUUUCCAUUCUCUUAUCG